AUGCCGAAUUUCAGGUUCAAGCUGCCGUCACGAAAUUGGCUAAUCUUCCUCGGCGUCACCGGCUCUUGGACUGCGGCUGUAUUAUACGACAAGCAUCAGAAGAAAAAGGUGCAGAAGAAAUGGUGUGAUCUCGUAGCUCAUCUCGCCGAGGAGCCGCUUCCUCCCAAUUACCUCCGGAGAAAAUUGACGAUAUUCCUUUCCGCGCCGCCAGGAGACGGAGUCAGACCUGCAAGGCAAUAUUUUAAGGAAUACGUCAAACCGAUCUUAGUCGCUGCGGCCUUGGAUUACGAUGUGAUUGAAGGACGGAAGGAAGGAGACGUUCGAUAUGGAACGGCAGAACAAAUCCGCCGACUUCGCCGAAAAUUGGGCGAGAAGGAUCCCAAUGCAGUGGAAAAUGAGAUGGACAAGGAGAAAGUGGUCGACGAGAUCCGGCAGAAACUACACAUCGUGCCGGAGCCUGGAAUUCGGGGUGAUCUAGUACUAGGAAGACAUACCUGGAAAGAGUAUAUAAGAGGACUGCAUGAAGGAUGGCUUGGACCGGUUGAAGCACCUCCGCCCCCUCCAGAGCCCCAACCCGAACUCUCGCCUAUACACCCCCCGACCGAUGUUCGAACAGACGAUCCUGCGGCCGCUAGUGGGGAUUCAGAACCGGGUAAAGAGGCAGACGAAGGAAAAGAAAAGACAGAAAAAGAGCAGGAAAAAAAGAAGCCGUACCCUCCCCCGGCAUACUUGUCGACUAAUGCAUACUCGUCAAGUUCUCUAUCACCGCACGCCCCGAGCGUCUUCGAACCGUCGCAGCCGAUACAUCAGCAGCACAUUCUGGGUUUCCUCAAAUUCCCUUGGCGAAUAUACAAUUUCCUCAAUCGCCGCCACUUGGCAGACCAGGUCGGCCGUGAGACGGCAGCUAUUGUCCUUGCCGCAAAUAGACCAUACCACCGCGGUUCAACCUUUGCGACAACCGACCCCAACCUUGAAGCAGAUCCUCUGGCCACAAGGUCGCCUGAGGUGGACGCUGCGGUAACAUCUAACGAAGGUUGGGAGCAACAGGCUUCGCUUGCCAUGGAGGAACAGACAUGGCACAAAUCGGUUCGAAAAGCCGCAAAAGAAGGCGAUGAGACCGAGCGGGUAUGGUCGAACGAUAUCGUGAUCGACAGCCGUAUUGGGGAACGGAUGAGAAAGUUCGAACUCGACGCGGAAGAAGAGACGAGAGCGAACCGGAUUGUCAGCGGGGCUGAGAAGCCUCGUACCUUCCAUGUUGAUGACGAGUGA